AAUAGUAAUAGUGUAUUAACUCUUUAAUGGCACGAAAGUUGUAUAGACAAGAAUACAUUUUCAUGGUGUGUGUAUAUAUAUAUAUACACAAAAACCUGAUAAAAAUAGAUACCACAAUCGAGAUUGAUCUUGGCGACAAACACCUAGUACUAUAUAAGUGAGAAACAAGAGUGAUCUUUGUCAAAGUUGUAGAACAUCAGUAUCCGAGAGUUACGUUAACCAUAUUGUUCUGUUUUAUUUGUAAACUCCAAUAUUAUGUCGGGUCCGGAGUGUUGUGAAAACCCACCAAAGCUGAGCUCAGACAACAGUGGAGGAGAAGCAGGUCAUGUCCAACAACUUGGAGGCUUCAGCUGUUAUGUUUCUGGCUCUGUUCAUUCCACUCUUGCUCUCCUCCUUGUUUCUGAUGUUUUUGGAUAUGAAGCUCCAAAGUUAAGGAAGCUUGCUGACAAAGUUGCAGCAGCUGGCUUCUACGUAGUAGUCCCUGAUUUCCUCCGUGGCGAUCCACAUAUAGCUAAUGAUGUGAGGCCAUUAGAAUUAUGGAUAAAAGAUCAUGGACCGGAUCAAGGUUUCGAAGAUGCAAAACCAGUUAUUGAAGCUUUAAAGAGCAAAGGUGUUACUAAAAUUGGAGCAGUGGGCUUCUGUUGGGGAGCUAAGGUGGUUGUGGAACUAGCAAAGUAUGCUUAUAUCCAAGCUGCAGUGCUUUUACAUCCUUCAUUUGUCGCCGUAGAUGAUAUGCACGCUGUUAAAGUUCCAAUCUCAAUAUUGGGGGCAGAGAUUGACAAAAGAUCUCCGCCAGAGCUUGUCAAGCAAUUUGAGAUGGCCUUAAAUGCUAAGCCCGAGGUUGAUGCAUUUGUGAAGAUUUUUCCCGGGGUUGCACAUGGUUGGUCAGUGAGGUACAAAGACGAAGAUGAAGUAGCUGUAAAAUCUGCUGAAGAGGCUCACCAAGACAUGUUGGGGUGGUUUGAAAAGCAUCUCAAGUAAUACUUGCUUUCACCGUCUUGUAUUAAUUAAAAAAAAAACAGCCGAGUGCACAAAGCAUCAUAUAUUCCUUUCCUCGUAUGUGUUUCGUUAAUAGGCUUAGAAAGGUUUUCUCUGCAGCAAAUGAUUUCAUCUGCAUCUUGUCAGGAAUGUGGAUUUCUCAUUUCUCAGUAGGAGAAAUGAGUGUUGUUUGUAUUUGGUGUUUGAAUAAAUUUGUUAAAGCAAUCUAUAAGACUCUUAGAAGUACUGGUCGAGUUCAAUAAACUAAUGUAUUAAACUCUAA